CCAAGGGGCUCUAUUAUGCAACUCUUGGACUUGCAAACUGAGCAGGUAUAUAAGCUUGUGGAGCGUUCGGAAACAGUAGAAAGUAACCCAGUCUCAACAGACCAACUGUAUCACAGAAUCAGUCCAGCAAUUGUCAUCAUGUACGCGAAACUCGCUCUCGUCGCUGUCUUGGUAGCCGUGGUCGUAGCUUCACCCACCCCCGGUGGAGGCGGACACCACAAACACGUCACCAUCCACGUGCCGUACAAGGUGCACACGAUCCACCACCACCACGUCUCCAAGGUGCACGUGCCAGUCCACGUGCCCGUGGUGAAGGAGGUGCAGGUCAUCAAGGAGGUGCCGGUGGUGAAGCACGUCCCGGUGCACGUGGUGAAACACGUCCCCGUGCCCGUGAUCAAGAAGGUGGAGGUCGAGAAGAAGGUGUACGUGCCCGUCCACACGCACCACGAACAUGUUGAGGAGCACCACGGAUGGGAGGGCGAGUCGCUGUCGCAUGGCUGGCACUGAUUUCUGAAUCAUCCUCGAAAGUUGUAGGUUAAGGUUUAUAUAAGAUCACAAACACAUCACAACGGUGGAAGACUCAAUGGAUGACUGCGUUCAUCUAGAUCCCGUCGCUCAGUAUUGUGAAACUCGUUACCGUUAUUGUUAAAUAGGUAUAAGAACCAAAGAAGAAUAAAGAUGUGUAUAGUAUUUUUUUACAAAUGAAAUAA